AUGCCGUUCGGUAUCAACAAUCCGCUUCCCUCGUCCAUGAGGAGCGAGUGUAGAAAAGCUGCUAAAAUUCUAGCAUCGUUUGUCGACCCUAGGCAAAGUUUUGGUCCUGACAAAGUCAUUCCUCCUCAGAUUCUCGCCAAUGCAAAGGGUCUAGCAGUCUUAACGGUCCUCAAAGCCGGUUUCCUUGGUUCUGGUCGAUUUGGUUCCGGUAUCGUUGUCGCCCGACUGGCGGACGGUUCGUGGUCAGCACCAUCAGCGAUUGCAACAGCAGGAGGUGGAUUCGGUGGACAAAUUGGGUUUGAACUGACCGAUUUUGUCUUCAUCCUCAAUGAUGCCAAUGCCGUCCGAUCAUUUGCCCAAGCGGCAUCCGUCACUUUAGGCGGUAAUGUCAGUAUCGCUGCUGGUCCGGUGGGCCGAAACGCUGAAGCGGCCGGUGCCGCCAGUUUGAAGGGGGUGGCCGGUAUUUUUGCCUACAGUAAAACCAAAGGAUUGUUUGCUGGUGUCAGUUUGGAAGGAAGCGUCCUGAUUGAGAGAAGAGAUGCAAACGAGAAACUUUACAAUGGCCGGGUCACUGCAAGACAAUUGUUGGAAGGCGCCGUCAGACCACCCCCAGCCGCCGAUCCGUUGAUGAGAGUCCUCAACACACGGGUUUUCUCCGGCGUCGCAUUCAAUGACGGGAUGUACAAUGACAUGCCCGUCUACGACGACCAACAUGACGACCUGGUAUGGGAAGGGAGAACCGGCGAGGCCUAUGGGGCCAACGUUCGCAAUAAUCGUGACCGGUCCUCCACCUUUGGGUCCAGAGACGACAACUAUGAAUAUCGUGAUAAUCCGCGACGUGCCAAUACUUGGGCUGAUGAUGUCUAUGAUCGAAUGCCGAGCGGACGAAGGACGGACACUUUCGACAGUUUCUCUAACCGAAGCCGGUCGAGUACGUUGCAGAAUGAUUACAGCUAUUCGGACAACAGACCCAGCAGACCUUCGGCACCCAAGCCUGUUUUCAAGCAGCGAACGGGGUCGCUUGGACCAGAUCAAGCAAUUGCGUUGUUCACCUUUGAUCCUGAUCAAGAUGGUGAUCUCGGGUUCAAGAAAGGAGACAUCAUCACCAUUACGAAGCGAACCAAAAACAAGACCGAUUGGUGGACAGGACGAACAGAAGAUGGUCGCACUGGUAUUUUCCCUUCCAACUAUGUGGAGACGGCAACCUGA